UUGCCAACCCAUGCUGUGUUGCUGUCUGCUCUGCUGACGAUGACAGGUUAUGGAAAGCUGUAGACUGUUAGGUGUUAGUAGGUAGAUGACAACUCAGAAGUUUUAAAAUAUUAGUUCUGUUUUAUUUCUCUAUUCUUUUAAAAAAUGAAAUUUCUUCUGUUAUGUUUGAUGUUAGCUAGUUUAUCACCUACUUUUGCUCUUUACUUCCACAUUGGAGAAACUGAAAGAAAAUGUUUUAUUGAAGAAAUUCCAGCUGACACAACUGUUGUUGUCAACUACAAAGUUGAGGUCUACGACUCAAGAAGCAAUGGGUUCAUGCCUUCAGGUUCUGGAAUCGGAAUGCAUGUAGAAGUGAAAGAUGGAGAUGGAAAACUACUUCUUUCCAGAGUCUAUAGUCAUGAAGGAAGAAUAUCGUUCACGUCACAAUCACCUGGUGAACAUGUAAUCUGCUUGUACUCCAAUACCACCAAGUGGAUCGGUGGAACACAACUGAGAGUUCACCUUGACAUACAAGUGGGUGAGCAUGCUAUAGACUAUGCAAAUGUUGCGCAGAGAGAGAAACUCACAGAGCUUCAACUGCGCAUGCGCCAACUACUGGAUCAAGUUCAACAGAUAGCAAAGGAACAGAAUUACCAACGGUUUCGCGAAGAGAAAUUCAGAGACACGAGUGAAAGUACGAAUCGAGGAGUUCUAUGGUGGUCACUGUCUCAGCUGGUCAUUCUGGUUACCAUGGGCAUCUGGCAGAUGAGACAUCUCAAAUCAUUCUUUGAGGCCAAGAAACUAGUUUAGAGAAAAAAUAUGGUUCUUUCAUUUUUAUGAGUCCGUUAGGAUACAUUGGUAUUUGUUUGCGGAGAUAGGAAAACUCUUGUACUCAGGCUAAUUAACUUUAAUUUGAAUUUAUUAUUUGACAAUAGUAAGGUCAUGGAAUUAGUAUUACCUAACUGGAGAAAUGAUUCAAUUAUCAUAUUUUUUACUAUUCUUCAAUAGGCUAAGUGAUUUAAUUUAAUUCUUUUAUUACUAAGAAAAUCUUCCAAUAGUGAAAUAGUAUCUAGUUCAUAUCAUAGUUCCUAAUGAAUCUCAGGAUUCAAUGCCUUUUAAAUCAGUGAGGAAUCAAGCAUAUUAUAUAGAUGUGAGAGGAAAUUUUCGCCUUUCAACUAUAUUAAUGGUUUGUCUUUCCUAAUAGAUGAUAUAAAAUAAUAAAUGCCUUAAUAAUUAAUUAUUAAUUGAUGUGCUCUUGUUUAAAAGCAAUAGUAAGAGUGAGAUAUAAUUAAAUUACUAAUGAGUUCUACAGAACGUUUUUACAUGAAUGGCUUACAUGGAAGUAAGUCAUAGGCAAAGUCUGGCAAAAAACUUUUAUUUCAUUUGUCAUGUUAAAACUUUUGAAUUGUAACAUGAAUGAAUAAUUUUGAGUCGAAAAUUAUAUGAUGUUUUCAAUAAUGUA